AUGGGAAAAGCCAUAUUCAUUGGCCUCAGUGGAGACACCCCUGGAAAGCCAGGUAUAGAAGGAGAACUUCUUGUACAGCUGAGAGCUUCUGCCCUUAAUCAUCGAGACGUUUUUAUUCGGCAACGGCUCAAUGCCGGUGUCACAUUCGAUGUCACUAUCGGUUCGGACGGUGCUGGAAUUGUUAUUUCGGUAGGGUCCCGGGACCCUGCGUUGCAAAAAUGGGUUGGACAGCGGGUCAUUCUCAAUCCCGGAAAGGGCUGGAAAGAUGCCAUUGAGGGACCCGAUAGUAAAGAGGGCUACGCUGUUAUGGGAGGAACAAGACACUACCGGAAAGGGACAUUCCAGGAAUACAUCACAAUUCACGAAAGAGAUGUCGAAAUAGCUCCUGACCAUCUUAUAGAUGCGGAGGCGGCUGCACUGCCUUUGGCUGGAUUGACUGCCUGGAGAGCAUUGAUGACGAAAGCCGGGAUGAAUAACUGCCGAAAAGGUGCUGUCGUGUUGGUUACAGGCAUUGGUGGUGGCGUUGCACUGAUGGUAAUGCAGUUUGCUAUUGUGAGAGGUGCAGAUGUCUACGUCACCAGUUCCAGCGAGGAAAAGAUUCAGCAGGCCGUUCGGAUGGGUGCCAAGGGUGGUGUCAACUACAAAAAAGGCAAUUGGGAUAAAAUGCUCCUAGCAAUGCUCAGCCCUGAUAGGCCGCACUUUGACGCAGUCAUUGAUGGCGCCGAAGGAGAUUCAAUUGGAAGGUCUGCAAAGUCACUUAAGGCCGGCGGUGUUCUUUCGCUCUAUGGAAUGACCGUUUCUCCGAAGAUGCCUUUUCCGAUGCAGGCUGUUAUCAAGAAUAUCGAUGUGCGUGGCUCGACCAUGGGUUCCCGCAAAGAAUUUCGCCAGAUGGUCGAGUUCGUCAAGGCUCACAAAAUUCGGCCCGUGAUUUCGAGAAUCUUACAAACAGGCUUGGACGAUCUUGACGCCAUAGAAUCCCUCUUCACCGACAUGCGAAAUGGAAAACAGUUUGGGAAGCUGGUUUUGGAGUUUGGUGAAGGCUUUGAAAAGAGCAAGAUAUAA